AUGGCAGCUUCUUACAGAAACUUCAUAACAGCUCUAGAACAAACACCUUGGGCUCCUAGAAACCUCACAACGACACCACAACGAGAACAGAAGUUGAUGCAGAAGAUGCAAAUCUCUAUUGAGAAACUAAAGAAGUCUGGAUUCUUCGCUGCUUUUCUGAAUCAAAUCCGUACCUCCGAAGCUUCGUUCCAUAUCCAUAAGGUUAAGGAAUCAGAACACAAGUUAAAGAUGGUGAUUUACGGAAUUGGGAGCAUUGAAUCCUCUAGAUCCUCUGAAUUACAGCUUAGCCUUGCGAUCCUGAUGAAAAAAGAAGUGGAUUGGAUCGGAGAUGUUGAGGUUUUCGAUCCGAUUAUUUCUUUGACAGAAUUGAAAGAUAUUGAGCAACUCGGUUGUUGUGUUCUUUCGGUUAAUGAGUGGUGCAAGAGAGAAGCUAAGAACCCAACUUUUUUCAUGCCACGUUGUGCAUUAUGGCUAUUUGAAAGUCUCCUAAUGACCAACUGGAGACAUGAUAUGUUAAACCGAAUUAUUAUACUUGGCAAUAGUUUUAAGUUCCAUGUGAGGAACUAUAGGUUGGAGCAUUUACGUGCCAUACAACCAUUCACCACAGAGUUUGAGAUGUGUAAGCUUUCGAAAGCUUAUUUUAGAGCAUUUGACCGUUUGAGUUGGCACUUUUUUAGCGUUGGUUGUGAUGCCAACUUGGAAUUAACAUGUUGA